AAAUGACUGCAAUGUAUGCUACAUUGUAUUGCAGAAACAUGUUGCAUGUUUCAUGUUACACUCUGAUACGUAUAGGAUCCAUGUGAACAGCACCUGUACUGGAACCACUAAAAAUAUGAAAUGAAAUGAUCAGGCAGCUCCAGAACAGCCUGGAUCUCACAGUUAAAGUGGAAUCUGAAAACAUAAUUGAGGGCUCUGACAUAUAGAAACUAAAUUGAGAUAAGCUUUGACAUUAGAGAAUAGAAAUUUGUAACUAUUUUGAAAGAAUUUUUUUUUUUUUUUUAACAUUCAAGUGGUGAAAGACCUUACAACUUAAAAUUAAGAAAAAUCCUGCAUUUGUGUAACCCAAGUUUGAUUAGCUUUUGCCGUACGUUAUUUCAUUUAAUAUAUAUAUAUCUUCUUAAAUUUAAAAUAUAUUUCUACAGUACAUUUAAUUUCACACACGUGGUAAAGUUUUCCCCUUAAAUAAUCGCAACACUGCCAUUAUUUUUUUUCCUUUUCAGUGGAAGUUCACAGCUCUGAGUCAGUGACAACAGUAGGGUCUGAAUAGCAGUCGGCCGUAUGCUUAUAUUUCAGCUGUCCAAAUACCUGCACCAGCAUGCCCUCUGCGUCAUGCAACUCAUACCUUUUCCUGCCAGGUUAAGAAAGGAGUUCUGGGGGGAUUAAUCCCAUUCACUCACACCACAAAGGACUCUUCUCUUUUUAGCUCCUUGAAGAAGAACAAUCAGGAAUGGUAAAAUGCCCAAAGUCUUGUUUUCCAAGAUGCACUUUUAUGACAUAAAGGAUCUGGUGAAGCGGACCAGAAGGAUUGAUAUUGUACUCACCCGAAACAGGAGAAAGAAUGAGGUCCAAACCCUGAAAGUGAAUAAAAAGGAAGAUUUCUGCCGGUCAAAGUUAAGUUGGGAUGGUGAGCAUAAGCGCCCAUGGUCCCUUGAAAAAGUCUUAAAAAACAAAAAGUACUUAGAAGCUUUCUGCUCCUUCCUGAAGUCUGAGUUCAGUGACGAGAACAUUGAGUUCUGGCUCGCAUGUGAAGACUUCAGAACAACAGCUUCACCAAAUGACCUUCAACGGAAAGCAAGCGAGAUCUACAAGACAUUCAUCCAACCAACAGCCAGCAGAGAGAUCAACGUAGAUCACCAUGUAAAAGAAAAGAUCAAGAUGUGUUUGGAGAAACCCAGUCUUUCCUGCUUUGAUGAGGCCCAGAAACAUGUUUACCUGCUGAUGCAAACAGACUCUUGUCCCAGGUUCCUGACCUCAGAUGCCUUCCAAAGAUUGAACUUAAAAUCCAGGACCCUGUGGUAUAUUUAGCUUAAGACAACAACAACGAAGCUACUUUUCCUGUAAUGGGUUCAAGAACCCGCGUUCAGUGCUUUCUUGAACGCACUUUUAGCAUACGAUCUUCAGGCUAGCUAGACUGUCGCUACUCAAUGCUAGCACAUAUACUCAAAGUUGAAAGAGGCUUUGUGCGAACUGUAAAAGCGAUGCAAAUUUAGCUUCAGACUUCUUCUUUCAUAACUCUAUUCCAAUAAAUUGAACACUUACUGUCAUAGGAUUCCUGACAGGCAAGAAAUAAAACGCUAUCCAUACAUCGCCACCAAAUCUAAGUCCACGAUUGGUCAAAGUUCAACUGGAAUAACUUUCAACGAGCGUUUAAUGCUCACAAGUUUUUCUAUUUAGAACCCAAAAAUGGACCUAAGAUCUUGUGUAGUGGCGCCUAAACACAAGAGUUUUGAACACAAAACCCCAAAACAUGUGCUUUUACGCAGACUUUCAUUAGAAGUGGUUGCUUGAACAAGUGUUGAUCGUAGGUUCAGACUGAAUUAAGAGUUAUUUUAUACUUAGGGAAAAGCAAUCCUUGACUUAAGAAGUAUUUUUUUUCAGGCAAAAAAAUAACCUUCGCAAAACAGUAUCAAACAGUGUUUUCACAUCUACGCACAUUUUUACUAUAAAUACACGCAAUAGAUAGAAAGAAGGAAAUUGUUUAAAGAAAGGUCAACAAUGUGAGACAAGAAAGGCAAGAGAGUUUUUUUUUUUGUAGGUAUGCAAGAUGUUGUAUGUGAUUGUGUUAAGAGAGCUGAAGCUUUACUGAUAAAGCUGCAAAUGAAUGCUGUACGAGAAAUGGCAUUACUCCAUUUUUUUGUAUUUCUUGACCUUUCAACUGAAGAUUUACCCAGAAUAAUGUCUUUUCUUUUAUGAUGUCUCAACUCAAUAUUUUUGCUAUUUUCAGAACUUACAUUUGUCUGACUGGUGAACACGGGGUAUGAGUCAAGAUCAAAUAAAGCAAAGUUUCCACUGCUUGCUCAUUAAA